AUGUUGUUUGGUGUCAAGUUGGCUAACGAUAUCUACCCACCAUGGAAGAGCUCAUAUCUUGAUUAUGAAAGGCUAAAGAAACUGUUAAAGGAGGCACUUAUUAGUGAUAAGUCUGCAGGUGCAACUGCCAGAGGUGAUGACCCAUGGAGUGAAAAUGAUGAAUCAAGAUUUGUCGAGGCAUUAGAUAAAGAAUUGGAGAAAGUUUAUGGAUUCUUGGUAAGCAAAUAUGAUUCCUUAAUGGGUAAGUUGAACAGAUUAGAGGAACAAACUACAUCUGAGGAUAAGAUUGCAGAAUUGAACUUCGAUACUUUCCAAAAAGUAUUGGAGGAAGUACUGAGUGAAGCACAACAGCUAGAUGGAUUUUACAGAUUGAACUAUACUGGAUUCUUUAAAAUUGUAAAGAAACAUGAUAAAUUGCAUCCGAAGUAUCCGUCGGUAAAAUCAUUAUUAGAGGUCAGAUUGAAAGAAUUACCAUUUCACUCGGAAGAAUUAUCGCCGCUGUUGUACAGGACUUCGUUCCUUUAUAACGUUUUGAGAUCUAAUUUUACGAAUUUCUCACAAUCCCUAACCGAUGCUUCCAAGCUGUCAGCUGUUGGUGAUCAUACCAGCUCUUCGACGAAUUUUAAAAGCUUUAAAUUCUGGAUCCAUAAGGAUAAUUUGAUGGAAGUUAAGACUAGAAUUCUAAGACAUCUGCCAGCACUUGUCUAUGCAUCAGCACCAACUGAAAACGACGUUCUCCCUAACAGAUUAGAAUCCGAUGUUAUGGAUGCUGAUGGUGGAAUAGUUUCCUCUAAUUCUAGUAAUGAAUUAUUGGUAGAAAAUGGUUUCGGUAAUACUAAAUCUUACGAUCCUCUUUUGACUGCCCUAUAUUUCGAUAAUGAACAAUUUGAGCUUUAUAACAACAAAUUGCUCAAGACUCAAUCUGCACCAACUGUUAGAUUGAGAUGGACUGGUAGAUUGGCUGAUAAACCAGAUAUUUUCCUAGAGAAAAGAACUGUGGUGGAAAAUCCAGAAAGUGGUAACACUGAAUUGGAGGAAAUUAGACUCAAAAUGAAGCAAAAAUUCAUCAAUGGGUUUGUCUUCGAUGGUGACAGUAAAUAUAAAACCCGUACUGUAAACAAAUUGAAAGAAAGUGGGACUGGGGACGAAGAAAUCGCUAAAGUGGAACGUAAUUUCGAUACCAUGCAAAGAUUUAUUCUUGAUGAGGACUUGGAACCGGUAUUGAGAACUAUGUACAGAAGAACUGCAUUUCAAAUUCCAGGAGAUGAUAGAGUUAGGGUUACUAUCGACUCGGAUAUUUUAUUUGUUAGAGAAGAUGAUUUCGAUAAAAUGAGACCCAUUAGAAAUCCCAAGGAUUGGCAUAGAAACGACUUGGAUGCUAAUGUUUCCAAGCCAACUAAAUUUUUAAGAACUGGUGAAUACAGUAAAUUUCCAUAUUCUGUCAUGGAGAUUAAAGUGCAACAUGAAGGUGAGCCUUCUGAUGGUACUGAUGAUAACGUUUCUACCGACGGACCUCGUCUGCCAAGGAAACAUGGACAAUGGAUCACUGAAUUAACAAAUUCCCACCUUGUCAAAGAAGUUCCACGUUUCUCAUUGUACGUGCAGGCUGUAGCAUCGUUGUUUGCGGAAGAGGAGAAAUUAGAUGUCUUGCCCUUCUGGUUGCCUGAAUUGGAGGGAGACAUUAGAAAGGAUCCCAAGCAAGCCUAUGAGGAGGAGAAGAUCAAGGCUAAAAAGCAGAAAGAGACUCAAGCAAAGAUUAAUGAUAUGAGGAGAUUGUCAAGGGUUUCUAACCUAAGUUUCCCACGGGCCGAAGAACCACAUCGGGAUAGUAAGCAAGUGAGUGAGCAAGUCAUUCAACAGAUGAAUGAUAGCCUGCAACCUCAGAAUCAACAACGAGCUGCAAGAGGACCUGAUUUAGAGGACCAUGAGUCCUCCGAAGAGGAGUAUGAAGGCCAAAAGAAGAAGAAAGCUAAAGCACCUCGCCGUAUUAAGGUUGGUGAUACGUUUUUAAAUAUUCUCGCUGGUAGGGAAUCCGCACUCACCGGGGUUGAAGAAGAGGAAGAUGAAAUUGAAUUACCACCUGGUGUUAAAAAACCUAAGAAUUAUAUUAAGAAUGCUGGUCCUGUGAAAGUGGAGGCAAAGGUUUGGUUAGCCAACGAACGUACUUUUAAUAGAUGGUUGAACGUAACCACUCUGAUGAGUGUCUUAACAUUUUCCAUCUACAACUCUGUGAAAAGAGCACAGUUUCCACAGCUGGCCAAUAUCAUGGCAUAUAUUUUCUUUGGAUUGACAGUGUUUUGCGGUAUCUGGUCUUAUUUUACCUAUUUGAGAAGAUUGAAUGUGAUUAAAGAAAGAAGCGGUUGUCAUUUGGAUGCACCAUUGGGCCCCAUUCUCGUUGCUGUUGUCUUAAUAAUCGCACUAGUGCUCAAUUUCAUUGUAGCAUUCCGUGAGACGGCUAGAAGACGUAACCAACAAGUUUUAACUCAAUCUAUGGAUGAUCUACCAGAGAAAUUGAGACCAAUUCAAGAGUAUAUAUUCAAAAUCGUUGGUGCCGAGACUAUUCCUGAAAACUAA